AUGACUUCCUCAAAGUUCGUCGAAAUUCUCGACACCUCGAACGCUCCGUAUUCGCAAGCCAACGUCAGUCUGGACGAUGUUCUUGCAGAGACUCGCAGACGAUCACAGUCGGAGACAAGUCUGAACAGCUCGGGAGCAAGCGACAGGUCUACUUCGCCCACAUCGCCAUCGCCAUCGCCAUCAAGCUCCUUCUACGGCCAACAGCCAGCUCAGCCAGUGAAGACAAGACUACGAGGCUUCUCGAUCAGGAAGAACAAGCCAUGA